UUUCCUGAAGUAGCCUACCCGGAAAUAAGGCGGAAUUGAUUUGUGUGAGGUGAAGAUGCCAUAUGUCACGCUGUACUUGUCAUGCCUCUUUUAUUUAAUAUUACACAUUCCCGGAGAUUAUGGAGCAGAAAUAUCAUUAUGGAACUUAGAAAUUACCCCGGAUGACCCUUCUGAAAUCUUCCGAAAAACACUCUAUGCUAACAGCACUAUCUUCAUGAACUUUACAAGUGAAAUGCCAUGUGAUGAAAACAGGACUUUCAACAUUUCUUGGUACCUUCGCUCGUCUGUUUGCUUCAAUGAAGUAUUCAACACUCCAGACGACAAGGCCAUGGAGAUUUGGAAGUUUGGAAGAACCACUAUGCUAAAGGAUGGCUGGAGCGGCCAUUACAGCGAAAGCUUCAUCUACUUUGACAGCUGCGCAGCUCUCUUCACACCUCAAGCAUAUUACAAAGAGUUUCCGCCAGCUCACUCUCUUGACAGUCCUACGGCUGGGAAUCAGAGUGACACAAUCACUUUUGAUGACAAACCAGCCAUUGGUGCUGUGGCCAAAGCAUGGUCAGACAGCCCUUACCUCUUCAUCGUGCAGAUCCAGAUGGGCCACCGUGAAGGUGAAGAGGAAAAGCCUAACAACAAUCAGGACAAAUAUUCUUUCUCAAUGACUGUUGAGAUGAAGGGUCCUCGGGAGUACUCGUCACCUGCUGACUGGCCCCUCAUGAUGUUCUACAUGGUCAUGUGCAUCGUGUAUGUGUUCUAUGGAGCUCUGUGGCUACUCUGGUCAGCCUGCUACUGGAGGGACCUGCUGAGGAUCCAGUUCUGGAUAAGUGCUGUCAUCAUUUUGGGAAUGCUGGAAAAGGCUGUGUUUUACUCCGAGUACCAGAGAAUUCGCUACUUUGGUGAUUAUGUUCAAGGCACAGUUAUAUUUGCUGAGCUGCUGUCUGCACUGAAGAGAACUCUGGCGCGAAUCCUGAUGCUUAUUUUCAGCCUUGGCUAUGGUAUUGUCAAGCCGAGGCUGGGGACCACGGUGCACCGGCUGGUGGCAGUAGGGCUGCUGUACCUGCUCUUCUCCUCUGUGGAGGGAGUCCUCAGGGUGACCGGGGGUUUCUAUGGCACCGUGGCACUGGUGGCCAAUCUCUCACUCUCACUCAUUGACUCUUGUGUCAUGUGGUGGAUCUACAUGAGUCUGUCCCAGACAACAAAACUUCUGAAGCUACGCAGAAAUGUAGUGAAGCUUUCUUUAUAUCGCCACUUCACCAACACACUCAUCUUUUCAGUGUUGGCUUCCAUUGUAUUUCUCAUCUGGACCACGAAAGUCUUCAAAUGUGUUGACUGCCAGACGGCUUGGAGGGACCUCUGGGUGGACGACGCCUUCUGGAGGCUUCUCUUCUCCAUCAUCUUGCUGGUCAUUAUGGUGCUGCUGCGGCCCUCAGUCAACAGCCAGAGGUUCUCCCAUUCUCCUCUCAUAGACGAGGAGGAUGACGAAGAGGAAGACGAAGCCAAAGAACCCAUGUUAAGCACAGCUUUUGAGGGCAUGAAGAUGAGAGGCACGAAGCAGGAGACCAAUGGCUCCCAGAAGCUUCUCAGUAAAGAGGAUGAAGACCUCAAGUGGGCGGAGGAGAACAUUCCAACAUCGAUGGCUGAUGUAGCCCUUCCUGUUAUGUUGGAUGAGGAGGAGGACAUUCAGAAAACUAUAAUGGAAAGAUCAAAAAUGGAAUAGAGAUGGGGAAGGAGUGAAGCACAAGUACACUGGACGACUGUAGAUGUCAUGUGGUCUGCCUGCCUGGUGCUUGGACAUAUUACUGUUUAGAUGCAUAUGAUUAGCAUCUGGGGGGUAUUCCAAGUGCAUGGUUUAGUGACAAACCUGAGUUACGUUAACUCAGAGUAAGUGGUUAAACCUCCUAAUAGAAGAGCUGUAUGGCUUAAUUUGCCUAACAGAACAAUGCCAUCGGGCUCUUGUUGUAGGAGGUUUACCACUUACUCUGAGUUAAGUUACUCAGGUUUUUCACUAAACCAUGUACUUGGAAUACCCCCCUGGUCUUUUGGUUUGUAUAUAUGGUACAGCAAUGCUGUAGAGUCAGCGUUGCCAUGUAAGUUCACUUCAGAAUCAACUGCUGAGAUUUUACUUACUUGAGCCUGAGUAUGCCUUAUCUGGUUUGCAACAUCUUGUAUUCAUAGUCACUCAUAAGAUUGUACAUUAUUGGUGCGCCAUGCAUGUACUGUGUUUUAUUGAUUAAUGUCACUUUCCCCAUCACAAUUCCCCUAUUCCUUUCCAUGCCAAAUACUUUUUUUGUGCAAUCUAUUACAGGGAUGGUCAAUAAGUUAUUUAUUUAAGUCUUAAAUGGGAAGUAUAGGGAUAGGAUAUUUAUGGGCUAAUGAAGUUUAAUGUUUAAUGUUUUUGCGUUGAAGUUUCUUUGUGUGUUUUUUUGGGGGUAAUUAAACUUUGUAUCAAAUGCUA